CACCAGAGUAGUUUCUGCUUUUCACACAGCGGAUUUCUGGUCUGUGACGGAGAAGAGAAUUCUGCCCCCAAGGUAUGGCCAGAAGGCAGAACUAAGUGUGAGACUGGGUCUGAGAGAAUCUUCCUCUCAGGAUGCAGCUGAGGUGGGCCUCAGUCAGCAAGAUGCACCAGGCUGUCCUGCUUACACUUCUUCUCUAUUCAAGCCUUCAGGCUCAGGAGAACUCUUUCACCUUUAACAGCAUCCACAUGGAAAGCCUGCCGUCCUGGGAGGUACCGAACGGGCACAACCUGACCCUGCUGUGCCUUGUGGAUAUCAGUACCACCUCGCAAGUCAGGCCUCAGCACCAGGUGCUGUUCUAUAAGGAUGACAUACUGGUGCACAACGUCUCCUCCAGGGAGCACACAGAGAGUUUCUUCAUUUCCCAGGCUCGGAUCUUCCACUCAGGGAGGUACAAAUGCACGGUGAUCCUGAACAACAAGGAGAAAACCACUCCUGAAUACCAGGUGUUGGUGAAAGGUGUUCCCAACCCCGUAGUGACACUGGACAAAAAGGAGGUGACAGAAGGUGGAGUUGUGACAGUCACUUGUUCUGUGAAGGAAGAACAGCCACCGAUAUAUUUUACGAUUGAAAAAGUAGAACUGGAUACAAAAGUCGUGAAGCAAACUAGACAGAAGACUUCGACCCAGAAUUUUGUGCAAAUAGAUUUCCUCAUCGAGGAGCAGGACCAUGUGCUAGUGUUUCGCUGUCUAGCUGGGAUCAUGUCCGGGAUCGAAAUGCAGACGUCUGAAUCCAUCCGGAGUGAAUACGUUACCGUGCAGGAGUCCUUCUCUACUCCCAAGUUUCAAAUCCAGCCUCCUGGAAUGAUCACAGAAGGAGAACAGCUCUACAUUAAGUGCACAGUUCAAGUGACACACUUGGUCCGGGAAUUUCCAGAAAUUAUAAUCCAAAAGGACAAGGCUAUUGUGGCUACUUCCAAACAGAACAAUGAGGCUGUCUACUCAGUCAUGGCCAUGGUGGAGAAUAGUGGCCAUUAUACCUGCAAAGUGGAAUCUAGCCGAAUCUCCAAGGUCAGCAGCAUCAUGGUCAACAUAACAGAGCUGUUUCCCAAGCCGACGUUGGAAUUCUCCUCCCGUCAACUGGACCAAGGGAAGAUUUUGGAUCUAUUUUGCUCUGUCCCGGGCAUACCUGUAGCCAACUUCACCAUCCAGAAGGAAAAUAUGGUCUUGUCUCAGGAUCAGAAUUUCAGCAAGAUUGCUGAUAACAGGGACAGCGGGGUGUAUAGCUGUACUGCAGGCAUCGGCAGAGUGGUCAAGAGGAGCAACCCGGUACCCAUAAAGGUGUGCGAAAUGCUGUCUAAGCCUAGGAUAUUUCAUGAUGCCAAGGCUGAGGUCAUAAAAGGACAUGCCAUAACCAUCAGCUGCCAGUCAAUAAAUGGAACUACACCUGUCACUUACCACCUUAUAAAAGCCACAAAUGUCUUCCUGGAGCUCAAGAUGAAGUCCAAUGACCCGGCAGCAUUCACAGAUAAGCCCCUCAAAGAUGUGGAGUACCAGUGCAUGGCGAGUAAUUGCCAUUCCCACCCUGAUUUGCACAGCGAGAUCCUGAGGGUCAAGGUGAUAGCCCCGGUGGACGAAGUCACGAUUUCUAUUCUGUCGAGUAACGAGGUACAGUCUGGGGAUGAAAUAGUACUUCGGUGCUCUGUGAAAGAGGGGACUGGCCCAAUCACGUUCAAGUUUUACAAAGAAAAGGAUGACAGACCCUUCCACGAAACCAUCCUAAAUGAUACUCAAGCGUUUUGGAUUGAGAAACAAGCCAGCAAGAAGCAGGAGGGACAGUACUAUUGCACGGCCUCCAACAGAGCCAGUUUUACGACCAGCCCCCAAAGCAGCAUUCUAACAGUCAGAGUCUUUCUCGCUCCAUGGAAGAAAGGGCUCAUUGCAGUGGUUGUCAUUGGAGUGGUCAUCGCCACCUUGAUAGUUGCUGCCAAAUGCUACUUCCUGAGGAAAGCCAGAGCCAAACAGAAACCAGUGGAGAUGUCCAGGCCAGCAGCCCCACUUCUGAACUCCAACAGUGAGAAGGUUUCUGAGCCCAAUGUGGAAGCCAACAGUCAUUACGUCCCCCAGAACAUGGAUGUGGAAUACACAGAAGUGGAAGUAUCCCCCCAUGAGCCUCACCAAGCUCUGGGAACGAGAGCCACAGAGACGGUGUACAGUGAGAUCCGGAAGGUCAACCCUAAUGUCAUGGAAAACAGACUUUCUAGAACGGGCGGCUCCCUUGAUGGAACUUAAGACAACCAAGACAGGUGCACGUGCCUGGGAGGACACCCACGUCCCAAGAAGAGCAGCCGAUUCCCGUAUUCCAAGAGUCCUGUGCAGUUAUUUAGGAACCGGCCCCACCUGCACUGAACGCAGCAAUUCUCCAGGCCAAGCCAUCCAUUCUUAAAUGUCUUGCCUUAUUAGUGUUGGGUAUAAAGAGAAUCAGCGGCGCAGUUUAAUGGCCAGCCUGACUGUCCUUCCAAGCUCGAGCAUCCUUGCAUUUUGGAAGAGUGAGAGGAGGUUCGGGGUGAACAAACCCCUGGAUAUUGUGAUGUUCAAAUACCCCUUCUCAGAGAGACAAACUCGCUUUUUCACAUGCCUCCCACACAGAAGCCUGUUCUUGUCCUGUAGUCGGUUACUUUUAGUGAAUGGUCUGGACUCCAUCCAGGGUUAGAUUUUCUGUUUUGUUUUCUUUCUGUCCAUCUCUUUCCUUCUGGGCUGGCCUUGCUCUUUGGAAGUAUCCAGUGCUGCUCAGACAGUCACCUGGUCGCCUAUAUGGUGGCUUCACUCACAGGGGUGGGGGGCGGGGCAGCUGACUGGGAGCAGUUCCUGUGGAGUGGCUACUUGAAGGCAAGCCUCAAGCAGGCAAUGCCAAAACUAGAGUGGAUCGAGCCAGCACAGGUGAUGUCCUUUAACUGCUUUCCAGGUCUUUCUUUUCCUCUCCCUUGCUGCAGGGCUAAAGAGAAAUGGUUGCCUACACCAAAUGUUUCUUUGGUUUUUUGUUUUGUUUUGUUUUGUUUUUGUUUUUUUAAUAGUAAAAGGAAAUGUGUACUUUUCCUCACUAAUUUUUCUUUAUUUAUUCCCUGCUAAAGAAACGGUCUCCUGAGGUCCCAGGCUGUUUCCAAGGGUGGCUUGAGUCGGGGAUGGGAGCUGCCUCCACGUUGCUGUGGAACAUUCAUAUCUAAUAUCAUCUACCCUUUCUGCCUCAGCCACCCAGCUGAAGGGCCCCUGAGGAGUGUUGUAUUAAAUAAAAUUGACUUUUACUCUUCAA